AUGCAAAGAGCUUAUAGAACAAGUCGUGACGAGAAAAGAACCCUAGAGCUUGCUCAUGGACGUGUCAGUAAGGCAGUGAUAUCAGAUUUUGCCAUGGCCACGGGACGCCUUAAAACGCACCAAAUUCAUCCGCCUGUUUGCUUUGCGCACCGCGCGGUUCUUUACACCCCUGAGGUUUUUCUACCCACACUUUCUUUUCUUUUUUCUUUUUCCCUUUGUCUUAUUACAUUAUUGGUUGUUUGGUCAAAACCGUAUUGGUGUGAAACCAUACAUAACUUUAUUUAG